AUGGCCGCAUUCUGCUGUCCCUCUGCACAUGAACAACUCGUCAUCCUUCUCCUCUUUCUCACUCCUUUCUCUCUCUCUCUCAACUUCCAAUCUUCACGGUUCAGCCCCGAUGACACUGCCUUACUCCUCGAAGGCGACGCCAUGGUCUCCGUCGGAAAUAUCGAGUUCAACAAGGUCAACUACAUCUUCCGCGUCGGACGAGUCAUAUACAAUGGCAAGGUGCCUCUCUGGAGCUCCUCCAACUCGGCAGAUUUCACCACCCGUUUCUCUUUCACCAUCGACACCCUAUCAAAUCCGCAGCACGGCAACGGCCUCGCCUUCUUCCUCGCGCCAGUCGGGUUUGAGAUUCCACCCAACUCCGGGGGUGGCUUCCUAGGCCUCUUCAACACAAACACCACCGGCUCGCCGCGAAACCAGAUCAUCUCCGUGGAGUUUGACUCCUACCCAAACUCCGGCGAGUGGGACCCGCCGUACGAGCACGUGGGGAUCAACAAGAACUCCAUCGCCUCCUCCGUCACCACGCCGUGGAACGUCACUUUACACGACGGAGAGGCCGCGGAUGUCUGGAUCGUCUACAUCGCGGCCGCUAAGAACCUAACCGUCUUCUGGAGCUACAACGGCGCCCCUAAUUCAAGCCUUUCUUAUCAAGUGGAUAUCAGAGAGGUCCUACCUAAGUGGGCCUCUGUUGGGAUCACUGCAGCCACAGGCGCCAAUGUCGAACGCCACAUUCUUCAUUCGUGGGAGUUCACUUCGAGUUUAGUUAUUAAAGAGAGUAGUCGAAAUAACACAACUCCGAUUGUUGGGUUGGCUAUAGGGGCCUGCGUUUUGGUAAGCGUUGCUGUAUUAGCAUUCGUAUUGGUGAAGAACCGGAGGGGGAAGCAAACCCGAGAAAGAGCUUAUUUGAUAUCUAUGGGAGAUGAUGAUCUUGAAAGAGCAACCGGGCCGAGAAGAUUUUCCUACCAAGACCUUGCUUCGGCCACAAACAACUUCUCCGAGGACAGGAAACAAGGAGAGGGAGGAUUUGGAUGCGUUUACAAAGGACACCUCGUAGAUUUAGAUAUCCUGGUUGCUGUGAAGAGAAUCUCCAAGGGAUCUCGGCAAGGGAAGAAGGAAUACAUCGCGGAGGUGAAGACCAUAGGCAUGUUGCGACACAGGAACUUGGUACAACUGAUCGAUUGGUGCCACGACCAAGGCGAGUUCAUGCUUGUGUACGAGUUCAUGCCUAAUGGAAGCCUGGACCGUCAUCUAUUUAGCAGAACUUCAUGUCUACAGUGGACAUUGAGAUACAGCAUAGCUAAGGGAUUGGCAUCCGCACUGCUCUACCUCCACGAGGAAUGGGAGCAGUGCGUGGUGCACAGGGACAUCAAGUCGAGCAACGUGAUGCUUGAUUCCGACUUCAAUGUCAAGCUAGGCGACUUUGGGCUGGCUCGGCUAAUGGAGCAUGGGAUCAACCUGAAGACCACAAGGAUAGCCGGGACGUUAGGGUAUCUGGCGCCAGAGUAUGUGAGCAGUGGCAGAGCCAGCAAGGAGUCGGAUGUGUUUAGCUUUGGAGUGGUGGCUCUGGAGAUUGUGACGGGAAGACGAUCAACGGAUCCGUUGGAUGAGAAGGGGCUAGUGGCAUGGGUGUGGGAUCUGUAUGGGAAGGGGCAACUUGUGUCGGGUGCGGACAGGAGACUGCAAGGGGAGUUUGAUGGGAGGGAAGUGGAGCGAGUGAUGAUGGUGGGGCUUUGGUGUGCUUAUCCUGACUGGAAGGGGAGGCCGUCGAUUCGACAAGCAAUCCAGGUAUUGAAUUUGGAGAAAGAGGGGCCUACGCUUCCGUUGGAAAUGCCGACACCGGUAUAUCAUACACCUGCUCCGCCUCCGGGUAGUAUCUCAUCAGCUGCCUCUACCGAGCCCUUUAUCACCUGCUCUAGUAUCGAUAUUGGCCGAUAA